GUUACUGGGCUCUUGUAGGCAAAGUGUUUUUCUCCCCGCACUACGAUCUACAUACUUACAAAGCGAACAGCUCUUUUGUAUGUUUCAAAGAACUCGGAAGGGUUGUAUACUGUGUAGGAAAAGGGACCUCAAGGAAUGCCGACAGCUUGGCUCAUUCAGUAGCUGUGUUACUGCACUGUUCAAGUCCUACUUGGAAGGACAGUUGUGUUUGUACAGCCGUGUUUCGCGGGAAUGAUCCGAAAUAUAGUUUGAUAUACAGAUUGCAGAGAGCAACAUACCCGCAGUAUUUGAAAGCUGAAGUUACUCGCAUUAAAAAUCGCUGUGAAGAAGUUAUUGGUAUAACGGCUAUACCCUUCGACUUCGGCAAAAGAAAAAAACAACCAUGAAAUCAACCAGGUUAUACGUGAAGCUAAUCAAAACGCCCUUGCUGCAACUGGAGCACGUUAUUGAUCAGCUUUAUUAAAACAACCUUAUCGUUUAAACACGACUCUCUUAACAAAGCUUUGUUUAUGGUGUCAUACAGCGGUAUGUCUUUAUUCUUCAUGUCCACAUGCUAAAGUUGUAAGUUCAUGGUGUGCUGUAGCUCUGCGGGACGCAGCGAAUUGGUUUCAUUCUGAUUGCCACAGUAAUCAAACUGCGACUGUGCAAGGCUUGCAUUCCUCUGAGCGGAAGUCUGCGUGGAAGGAUGGCUCUUCUUGUUCAAGUAGCUUGUGUCCUCCUUUUAGCCCCUCCAUCAAUGGUCAGCCCAGCGGCCAUCAACCACGAAGACUACCCGGCUGACGAGGGCGACCAUACCUCCAACAACAACGAUCUAAUCUUUGACGAUUACCGAGGGAAAGGGUGCGUGGAUGACAGUGGAUUUGUGUAUAAACUCGGGGAGCGCCUUUUCCCCGGUCACUCGAACUGCCCGUGCGUGUGUACAGAGGACGGACCGGUGUGUGACCAACCGGACUGCCCCAAAAUUCACCCCAAGUGCACCAAAGUGGAACACAAUGGCUGCUGCCCAGAGUGCAAGGAAGUUAAAAACUUUUGUGAAUAUCGUGGGAAAACGUACAAAAUCCUGGAAGAAUUCAAGGUGUUUCACCUACAGGGAUCCCUGCUGACAGAGGAUGGGACUGAAUUACCUGUGACCUCCCCACAGCUGCAAUCAAGAACUGGACACUUUAGGCCCUCCCCCUGCGAGUGGUGCCGUUGUGAACCCAACAAUGAGGUCCACUGUGUAGUUGGUGACUGUGCUGUCCCAGAGUGUGUCAACCCUGUGUAUGAACCUGAACAGUGCUGCCCUGUGUGUAAAAACGGUCCAAACUGCUUUGCUGGAACAACAAUAAUCCCAGCUGGGAUCGAAGUGAAGGUUGACGAAUGCAACAUCUGUCACUGUCACAACGGAGACUGGUGGAAGCCGGCGCAGUGUUCGAAACGCGAGUGCCAAACCAAACAGAAUUCAUAGAGACACACCGAGAGACAGAGAACACAGGCAGGGCACAGACACCUGUUCUGAUCCAGUGGAGUGACACUCCUUCGCCAAGCUGAUUGAUGAGUGCUGCUAAGGAUAUCAUUUACACAUUUCUGUCACCCUCUUGUGCCCCAUCUCUCCCCAGUAUAUAUAGAAAUACACAAGUGCAGGGCCUGGUUGGGUAGUAUUUACAGAUCUGGAGUCAAUUCUGUGAGGCAAAUGUUCAAGAUGUUAGCCUCAAUUAACUGGGAACCAAUAAAACAAAACAAAACAAACCCACUGGGAAUAUCUCGAUUGGAAACUGUGACUUUAUUACAGAAGACUGUUAACUUAUAUGUAGACCAUUCCCAAAGACUUAGCGCAUUGUUAAAGAUCGUCCUGAAAUCAAACUGAUCACCUUGCAUCCCUGAAGGCGUAUUAUACAAACAGGUCUUCACAAUUUCUCAAAUAACAGUAUUACAUAAGCUUACAUCUUUCUUUGUCUUCUUCAGUGGGGGCCGUUUACAAAGCUUUGUAUUUUAAAUUUUGGGAGUUAAAGAAAGUUUGAUCACUACACUAAACUGUAUGAUUAGACAGUUGCUGAAGAUGCCAACAGAAGACAAAUUGGUUGAGGUUGAAGAAAUCAUUCUAUAAAAGAGCUCAAACUUUGUGAAUAUGGUUAUCAAGUAGAUUAAAACCCUUGAUAUACGUUGUGAUAUUUACUAGCAUACAAAGAGCACUCUGGUUUAUACAGUGAAGUGUCGAACAGUCCAAUUCAGUACAAAUCCAUGUCCAGCAUUUUUUGUUUGGAUUUGGGAGUUGUUCUUGUAUCUUAUUGGCAGCUUAUCAGUGCAUCAAAGGUUUUUUUGUUCUGUUAGUCUUUUCACUAGGCUAGUAUACUGUUCUUAGUGGAUUUUUCAAAUUCAUUAAAGUAUUUGUAUAAAAAAAAUGCACCA